CUAGUGCUCGGUAGUAACGCGGUUAUGGAUCAUUACAUGUCAACAUGUCACUUCUGAGAGUGUCUGCCUUUGUUAAAUGCCUUAACCGUCGCAGUUUGUUUGAAAAGUGUGCUGUUCGCGUGUCUUUUGCGGACUGCUGUCGGCUGUGUGUGUCAUUAAGGAACAGUUCAGUCAGGAGAAUAUCAGAGUCUCCCUUUCAGCUCCAAAGAAGAAAUGUUUCAUUUGUUCUCCCGAAGGCAGAUGAUGGAAAGAAACGUGUGCUGGAGCAGUCUCAGUUGUUAGAUGUGCUUGAGGCAAGGAUACACCAACUCCAGUCUGAUGUCGUUCUAGAUUUCCAGCAUGCAAAGGUGCAGUUUGUUAAAGCCCCUUCCUCUGGGAGAGGGAGUUUAUCCAGUAAGGGUCCCAAAGGUGGCUCUCAAGAAAAAACUGACAUUACAAAAUCAGGACAGACUGCUUCAAAGGCAGCCACUAAAUCUCAGCCCAGCAGAUGGAUGGAAAAGUUAUCUCGGGAGAAGAAAAUCAAACUUAAGAAACAGCAACACAUCCAGCAGAAAAUCCAGAAUAAGCCUACAGCCAAAUCUAAAGGUAGCAAAGGCAGCUCCAUGCUCCCUGGCACAUCGCACAAGACUAUUUCUACCACAGCUAAAAAGACUGUACCCUCGGUUAAGAAAAGCAAAGAUCACAAGAGGUUGGCUGAUGAGAUUCAGGCUGCAGUUUCUUCAACUGCUUCCUCCACUGCUGCUUCUGCUGCAGUAGUGAUGGCAGCCAUGCCGCAUAAAGCUGCUGAAGGAAAACAGAAAAGGCUGAAAAAACAGGUUCCUACUGAGAGAGCCAACAGAAAACU